CUACUUCCUGUUAUCUUCGGGAAUCCCGUGUUCUUUUAGAGCAACUCCGCUCCUGAUUCUCUUUUACUUUUCUUUUUACUGAAAUUCUUUCAGGAAAUUAGCCAACAGGUUUUGCAUUCAAUGGCGACAUUAGCAACUCCUCUAUUGUCAUCUUCUGCGACAAGUUCCAGGAGCAUGAGCAGCAACAGUAGCAGCAGCGGGGUUGAGGAUAUUGAUGGCACUUUUACAUCUCAGCGUUUUGAGCUGCAAGAUGUUAAGGUUUGUGUUCCAAGCAAACCCUUUGCAGGUUUUCAAUCAUAUCGCUCGUUGGCUGUACUUUCUGGGCAUGUUGGUUCGGUUUCUUGCUUGGCUUUAUGUGGGGAGUUCAUCCUGAGCGCUUCACAAGGGAAGGAUAUUAUUGUGUGGCAGCAGCCUGAUUUGAGGCUUUUUGCAAAGUUUGGGCAAGGUGAUGGCUCUGUUAAAGCGCUUGUAACUGCUGGAAACAGAGUGUUUACCGCUCAUCAAGAUAGUAGGAUUAGAGUAUGGAAGGUUUCAAGAAGCUCGGAGAAUGUGUUCAGGCUUGUUGAUACACUUCCUACUACUAAGGAUUAUUUAGGGAAGUUUAUGAAGCAAAGUAAUUAUGUGCAAACUAGGAGGCAUCAUAAGAGGUUGUGGAUUGAACAUGCUGACAGUAUAUCUUGUUUGACAGUUUAUAACGGGUUGAUUUAUUCAGGUUCUUGGGAUAAAACACUCAAGGUUUGGAGGAUAGCGGAUUUGAAGUGUUUAGAGUCAAUUAAGGCUCAUGAUGAUGCCAUAAAUGGGCUGGUUGCAAGCAAAGGGAUAGUGUAUUCAGCUUCUGCAGAUGGCAAGAUUAAGGCUUGGGGCAAAGAAGGGAAAAGUUCACAUUCAUUGAAGGGGAUUUUGGAGGGUCAUAAAGAUGUUUCAUUGAAUUCAGUUGUGGUUUCUGAGGAUGGGAAGUGGGUAUAUGGGGGAGGUUCAGAUGGGUUUGUGAUGGGAUGGGAGGGAAAUGCUGAUUUUGUAAGCUGGAAGCCGGUGUCUGAGAAAAAGGCACAUGAAAUGGCUGUCUUGUGUGUAUGCUUGGCGGGGGAGUUUUUGUGCAGUGGAUCAGCUGAUAAGAGUAUUGGCAUAUGGAAGAGAGAGGCCUAUGGUAAACUUAGUAAAGUUGGGAUCAUUAACGGCCAUGAAGGGCCUGUAAAAUGCUUGCAAGCAUCACCUAACAGUAUUGGUGGUGGGUUUUUGCUAUACAGUGGAGGCCUUGAUAAAAGUGUCCGGGUCUGGUGGGUGCCAAAGCACUCAUCUCCUGAGAAACAUGGCAACUCUAAAACACAAAAAUUUACAGAAGCAAAGUCCAUUAUCUUGUGUUAGCUUGGAAGUUUUUCAGGCUUUGCGUGAGAGCUGAUGAAGCAUUGGUCCCUUUUUUUGUGUCUGCAAUGCUUCCAUUAUUGGGUUUUGUGUCUAUAGUUGAGAGGUGUGAUUUCUUUUUUCUUCAGCUUUUAAGUCUUAAUUAUACAGGUUUUUAUAUUUUUAAGAAAUUGUAAUUAUUGUUUGGGGGAUUCAAUCAAUGAAAAGAGAUAUAUACUAUUCUUUAGCAUUGACAUCAUAGUGAUGCA